CCACCCAUCGCCUCAGGCAUCUACUCCUCCAGUCCCCCAGGCAAGCAUUGCAGCUCCAGCUGGAAAGCCCCCUCCUGACUCUCCACACUGCAGAGGCCCCCUGUCACUCCCAUGCACUGCUCUUGGCCUCUGGUCCACUGGGGACUGUUGUAAAACCCAGAUGGGCCACAUGUGCUGCCCCUACCUAGUCUUUCUGUGGGUCAUCAGUGUCCUAGGACAAAGCCCACAGCUCUCAGUCAAGGAGGCCCCCAAGGACCCCACUGAGGGCUAAAGUGCUGACCGAGGAACUGCUCCCUGACUCCAAGAGUACGUUUUCACAAAACACUCCUCACCCCUGCAACACUUUGACCUGUGAAACCCCUCCCGUGACCAGGCACACCUGAGGUGCUGACACCAAACAGGGCUUCUAUUUGCACAUGCUGAGCUGUGAACAGGGGAACUGACUCCCAACUUUGCUGGGCUGACUGGGGUCAGGGCUCAUGCAGAGAGAGAUGACAUGACACAUUUAUCCAGCAAACCCACUGCUGAGUACCCACUGCGGGCCAGCCUAGGUGCUGUGUGCUGGCAGGAGCAUCCUGCCCUCAGAACGGCUGACUGAAAUGGACCUCCGGAACGGUGAGCGUCUGCCCAACCUCUGGGGAGGGUCUACUCUGGGAUGGACAUCCUUGGGACCCUGAUUAUGCUUUUCCCCCCAGUAUUUUACUAUGAAGAUUUUAAAACACAGAGGUUGAAAGAAUUGUACACCAAACACCUAUACACCCACAAUCAACUUUGCAAUUAGUAUUGUGUUAUAACUGCUUGAUCACAUUUCUGUCCCUCCAUCCCUCUGUUCAACCACUAACUCAUCUUAUUUGUCUGACUGAUGUUUUUGAAUCAGUCAGAGCCCCCACACCUCUAGGAGCCCAGCCAACUUACCCACUACAGUUUUGCACACAGGGUCGUCUUCUCUUCCUCAUUGCAGGCUCAGCCUGGAGCUCUACAACAAAUGGGCUGCAGACACCAAGAGCUUGCCCACAGAAGCCCCAAGGCCUGGAGGCUGUCAGAGAUUGAUGGCCGUCACCCUUGUAUCUGUAACCUCCAUCCAAGGCCUGGGACUUUGGCCCAAGGACGAGGAGAUCCAUAAAACCAGGCCCAGUUCUCAACCUCACAUCUGCCACAAUGCUGCUGCUCAGCCUGACCCUUAGCCUGGGCCUCCUUGGCUCCUCCUGGGGCUGCGGCAUUCCUGCCAUCAAGCCGGUACUGAGCUUCAGCCAGAGGAUUGUCAACGGGGAGAAUGCAGUGCCAGGUUCCUGGCCCUGGCAGGUGUCCCUGCAGGAUAGCAGUGGCUUCCACUUUUGCGGUGGUUCCCUCAUCAGCCAGUCCUGGGUGGUCACUGCUGCCCAUUGCAAAGUCAUCCCUGGCCGCCACUUUGUUGUCCUGGGCGAAUAUGACCGAUCAUCCAAUGCUGAGCCUUUGCAGGUUCUGUCCAUCUCAAAGGCCAUCACGCACCCUUUCUGGAACCCUACCACCCUAAACAAUGACCUGACACUACUGAAGCUCGCCUCCCCAGCCCAGUACACAAAACGAAUCACACCAGUCUGCCUGGCUUCUCCAAAUGAGGCACUGCCUGCAGGCCUCACGUGUGCCACCACUGGCUGGGGACGCCUCAGCGGCGUGGGCAAUGUGACCCCAGCACGCCUGCAGCAGGUGGCUUUGCCCCUGGUCACUGUGAGUCAGUGCAGGCAGUACUGGGGCUCACGUAUCACUGACUCCAUGAUCUGUGCAGGCGGCUCAGGGGCCUCCUCGUGCCAGGGAGACUCUGGAGGGCCUCUUGUCUGCCAGAAAGGGAACACGUGGGUGCUUAUUGGCGUUGUCUCCUGGGGCACCAGCAACUGCAACGUGCACAAGCCUGCCAUAUACACUCGGGUUAGCAAGUUCAGCACCUGGAUCAACCAGAUCAUAGCCUACAACUGAGACUACCACAGGCCCUCUCCCCAUCUCAAUCCAAUAAAGACGCCAUGCUCUGUC